AUGGGUCUCAACCUUCUUCCAUCCUUUCUCUCCCACAAAGAAAAACAGGAGCGCAGGAGCCUCGGAGAGGCUUGCCGCUCCCCCAGCCCGGCUUCGCGCCAGGGCGCCUACCGCCCAGCCGGCCCCGCCUGCAGCCAGCAGGCCCGUCACCAGGCAACAGUCGCCAGCCCCGAGAACCUUGGGAGGCCUACCCCGCGCGCGGGUCCUUCCCCAUUCCUUUUCUCUGCCUGGGGAGCCCAGGCGGGUGGGCAACCGGUGAAGGAGGUCGUUCGGUGCCCAUGGGCGGUCACUCACCUCUUCCCCUUCUCCCUCAGGAGGGGCGGCGCUGGGUCUCUUUCCCCCCCGCCGCCCCCCAAACGCCUCUCGGCUGUUCCUGCUCAGCCUCGGCGCCUGGCCGCUGCCGCCCGCUUACUCCAUAGCCUCCUACACUCUCGCGGCCUCAAAUGCUGGAACUCGAGGAGGGGAAAGGGGAGGGAAGGGGCGAGAUUGGGGAGGAAGAGUAAAGGAGGGGGAAGAAGACCGAAAGACCAGUCGGUCCGGCAUGACGUCACUUCCGGCUUGUUCGGAAGGGGCGGGACCGGGACUUCUUUGGCCCCCGCCCCAAGAGAGCCAAGUGGGGGCGGGGUCACGGGCCGGAGGAGGAGCCCGGUGGACGAGUUUCUGGCAGUUCAUUUGACUCCGCGGUUCUGUAUCCUUGCCAUGGGCCAGAACCAGCUUCCCGGCCCUGGGCGGAACGGAUCGAGCUUCGUGAGCCUAGAGGCUCCAGGAAAAGGAGGACAGUCUGGUCCUUUUCAAGCCACUCAGCUAUGGGAUGGUAUUAUUUACUCCCUUCAGACUCAAGUGGAAAUGAAAAGAAGGAGGCAUCGUUUAUGAACAUAGAAGACUUUUACUGGUUCUUCUGUUGUCGAUGCAGUAUUAAGUCAUCUUAUGCAAAAUAUGUGCCUAAGUAGUGAUGACAUCUCUCAUCUUAAAGGAGCUUGUCUUUGGCAAGUUCUAAUGAACCAUAAAGUAUUUGAACCAGUAGGAAUGAAGCUAUUCAAAAAUUAAAAGGAAUUGGGAUUUGAAGUUUCAAACAAUAGCCUCUACAGGUUUCUAGGCAAUAAAUCAUCUUACAUUUUUUGCAAAAGAAAAAAAUUCUGAGACUGGGUUAACUGAUGAAAUAAAAGCAAAGGAACAUUUAAGGUUAAAGAUGAAAUGAUUUCAAAUCCUCUAGCCCAAGAGAUUGGUGAGGAAAGAAUUGAGGAACUUAUUGACACAACGAGUGGGUCUCUGGCUUUACCUCUAAGCAUCACAGUUGACAAACCUGUUCUCCCACUUUCAAAAGAGGAAUGUUGGAAACAACAAAUAUUGUUAUGUAUUCUUCAGUUGAUUCACCUUCCAUUCUUGGAAAGUAUUUUGGAACCUCUAGUUAAAACACAAAUUCUUCAAUGAGAGGAAGAUCUUGUUAUCGCUAACACUUGCCUAGACAGAGAGGUGAUUCCAAACUUACGUCUACCUGAGUCAGAGAGAGGCUGCUUAUUAACUGAUGAGUGUAUUGGUAUUUAUUCAGGAAUUUUUGAACGUUUAGAAAAUGAAAAAAGAACAGCAGCACUUGAAGCCACACUGCUAUAUCUAAGAUUGUUGUCCAACGUUAGAGAAGAAUUACGGUGGCUACUUACUUUCAUGGCAAUUGCAUCAGAAGCUAAUGCCAACAAAUUACAAAAAAAGUUUGAUAACAAAAUGGUGGUCCUGAAAACUCUUGCCAAAGCAGUUCUGCAAUCCAAGUCAUUAUUAAAAGUACAGGCAGGACAGCUAGUCUUGUUCCUACUGGAGCUCCACUAUGAGCUCUUCAAGACACCAGUUACUUUAUUGGAUCUGGUUAGUAAGAAACUUAAGUAGCUUCUGCAUGGAGAAGAUCCAGAUGCCAUAUCAGGUAUUGACUCAGACUUAUUCCUUCUAUAUCAUUGA